AUGUCUUUAACAUUGGGCUCUAUAUCUCUGGCGUGCGAGUCUACCCAGCUGUUCAGGCCUUCCGGAUUCGGAGGGAGAAACAAAGAAUUCGAGCUGUGCCCCGGGUUCCAAUCCACUGGGGAUACAGAAUGGACUGGACAUUGGUCAGAUUGGUCACCGAAAGCUUUGGAGAACGCCAGCCGGCCGCGUUGA